GUUCUUUUGUCCUCCCGUACUUCGCCCCCGUCUCCGAUCUUAUUGCAAACAGACCCAGAACGAACUAUAAAAAGGAUGGCGACAAAAGCGGCUUUCAAGCGCCUUACUCGCGAAUACCAGAACAUUCAAAAGAAUCCCCCGCCUUACAUUGUGGCACAUCCGUCAGAGUCCAAUAUACUUGAGUACGUCAUUUGUAGCAGACUAUCACUAUCUGCGUCGCCUGUUUGCGACUAAAGUUGACCUUCCAUC